CGAAUCCCCUCAUCUCAUCUUCCAAAAACAAACCGAGUCUGCAGUUGCAAUUCCUAUACGACCUCGAUCCCCCUCCUCCCCCAACAAGUCGAAUCCGCCCGCGUUGAGGAAGGAUGUGCUCCCAAGCCCCCAAAUCCCUAGACCUAGACCUCGACCUCGACCCCUCCCCAGUCCCCAGAUCCCUAGACCUCGACCCCGAAUCCCAACCCUGCCCCGGCGUGACGACGACGGCCGAGCUCCCCGACGAAGCGGAGAACCCCUGCUUGUCGCGGUUUCGCCACCGGCGACUCCUCGCCUUCCUCUCGCGCCAGCGCUACGAUGUCGCCUUCAACGGGCUGAUGCUACAGGCGAGUGAGCCCUUCUGCUUGGAGCGUCUGCAGGGGCUCGUGAGGAAGGGCCUGUGGGAGGAUGCCAUCGACUACCUUGAUGGCUUCCUGCCUGCCGGCCCCAGGAGCCUCCACGCCCACGCCUUCCGCAACUUCCUCUUGAUGCACCACUACUUGGCCAGCAUCGCCGCCGGGGAUGAGUCCGCCAUGGACAAGCUCCGGGCCCACCAUUGGAUGCAACACGUCGUUGAUGCCUGGAAAACGAAAGCGAACCACACAUUUCCUCGUGUCAUGGCCCAAGCCCUGCUCUCGUCGGAGCAGCUCCGGGCGUCCAUGGACUGGGAUGGAGUGAGGAGGGAGGCUGCGUACAUCCUCUCCAGGUUAGCUUCGAGGACCCCAGAGCUCAACAGGCCGCUCACAUUGCCGACUUGCUACACCAAGCCGCACCAAGUGCUUCCCAUUGACGUUGCCUCUGGAUUGUGCAGGCGGCGGCGCGUGAAGGAACAGCGUCCCCAUCUACAACCAGCUGCUGUUGCCAGGGCCAUCCUUUUCAGGGGGAGUCAGCGUUACACAAGAUCUCUAGCCAACUCAAGUUUCGAAUUCAUUGAGAAUGCAAAGGAAUGGUUUGCGACUAUCAUGGAUGAAAGCUUACGAGCUGGUUCAGGUAAAGCGACUUCCCUGCUCCAACAAAUUAUGAAGGAAGGUGCUCCUGUUGCUCCAGUUUCACUGAUAAGUCCUGCUAAAAGUUCUGGUACCUCGUCAUUGACAAAUGCAGAGAUAACCAAAUUAUGCAUCAAGGGACUGUAUGCACCAUUGUUACUAAUACUCGAUGGCCUCGGUGCUCCUGUUUCUUCAGUGUGCCAGACUCUGAACAUGACAAGAGACGCUGAAAACUAUGGUAUCUCAUCAGUGACAAGUCCAGGCCCAGAAAAGAGUCAAGAAGGUGCCUGCGGUGGUUUCAAUCCCAGAAAGAAUCCACGGGCAGAAUUGGCAACUAUUGAUGAAUAUUUGGAUUCAAAAAGGCAACGUACUACUGGGACUUUUGGGGAAGCAAGUAUGGUGCCGGUGAAUGAAGUUUGGGCUGAAGCUCACUAGCUGGCUGGUGAAGUCAACCACCUAGAUUCAUAACCGAGAUAUGGUGACAAUGGUGGUGGUGGUGGUGUACCUGCUAACUCGCACUUCAUUUAUGCUUUGAACUUGGAUGUUAAUUAUACAACUUUGUUUCCAAGUGCCUACUAUGAGCUAGUACUUCAUAAGUAAUUCUGCUAGUGUUGGUUAAUCAGGCUGCUUACUGCCAGCAUUUUCUAUCACUGAAAUGAAAAUUAAUCAGAUUAUUGGAUCAUAUCAUUCA